CAGAAUGUAAAUGUCCAGGCUUCGAUCAAGUCAUUUGUCAAUAAGAAACAAGUGGCAGUAGCAGCUGUAAUGCCUCAGAGAUCAAGUCCUGCUGUCCAUCCCAUACAGAAAUUAGCUGUGACCCCUAGGCAUUCAGAUCCUUACCCAGUGGAAAUUAUAGAGGAUGAUGAUGAUGAUUUUGAGACACCAGUGUUUUCACAAA